AUGUCACUUCCUGUGACGUUUAAUCAGCUGUUGCACAGUGUCAUCACAUACCUGGCACAAACUAUCAAGGUUAAUUCUGCAUUAGUGCCUCCUGCCAUGAAAACUUUCAUCAAGGCUGCAGUCUCUGAGGCGUUGGCUACUCUCUUGCCUUCAUAUAAGCAUAAAAGCAAUGAUGUCAAUGUAGAUUCCCCUCACCCUAUAUAUAGCACUCACUGCAGCCCUGGUGUCAGCAGAGCGAGAUUCAGCACCACGGAGAGCUCCAUGAUGCAUCUGAUCACCCUGCUGGGCACUUAUCUGCUCCUCCUAAUCACCGUGAGCUGCCAAGACACAGACUAUGUGGAGCCCAGAGCUGUAGAAUUCUACUCUCCCAUAGACCACAACUUCCACGAGAAGGAGCUGAUUGAUGCAUUGCAAGAAGUAUUAGAAAAGCUAAAAAGUAAAAGGAUUUCUUCAUAUGAAAAAAAAUUUAGCCAGGUACCUAUGUGUGAUGCAGGAGAGCAGUGUGCUGUCCGCAAAGGAGCCAGAAUAGGGAAACUCUGCGAUUGCCCUCGGCGGACGUCAUGCAAUACUUUCUUGUUAAAAUGUUUAUAA